AUGCGGGGGGUUCUGGUUGUCGUUUUGGCAGUAUGUGUGGACUUAAUCGUGUUUACAGCGUUGAACUACGUAGAGAAGCGUUUGAAAACUCCCGAAAGAGGCUUCGAUUGUACCGCUAACUUGUUUCGUGAGUGGGCUGAGGCUGGACUGAGAUGGACAUUGCUUUAUGCCGUAUUUGGCAAAGAUGGGCCAAGCUCCGUGUUUAAACGCUGGGUCACAACUCACUGUUUCCUCUGUCCUGUCUUUGAAACUGGACGGUCAGGCCUUUUGGGCAAUUCCCCAGCUGAGAAGACAAAAAUGUGGUUUAUUGGUACUGUUGCUACUGCAGCGGCAUGUUUGUUUUGGGAGAUUACUUUUGCCGGUACAAAAGAGAAUAAUAACGGAGAGGAGAGAAAACAGAAGGCUCGCGUUCUGUUCAUGAGAGUGAUUAGCUUAUACAGACCGGACUACAUCUUAUUAUUUGGAGCAUUCGUUUUCUUGGCUAUGGCUGUACUUUGUGAGAUGUUCAUCCCAUUUUACACAGGAAAGGUAAUUGACAUCCUGGGUUCUCAGUACCAGUGGAACGAUUUUCUGUUAGCCAUUAUUUUCAUGGGAGCGUUUUCUUUUGGAAGCUCUCUCAGUGCAGGCUGCAGAGGGGGCCUCUUCAUGUGUGCUAUCUCCAGCUUCACCUGCAGAGUGAGGGUCCAACUGUUUGGCUCCCUGGUGAGGCAGGAGAUUGGGUUCUUCGAGACCAUAAAAACAGGUGACAUCACUUCCAGACUGUCUAUGGACACUACUCUGAUGAGCCAGGCCGUGGCUCUGAAUGUAAAUGUAUUGUUGCGCACUUUCAUUAAGACUGUGGGAAUGCUGUCUCUGAUGGUUGGUCUGUCCUGGAAACUCACCCUGCUUGUGCUGAUGGAGACCCCACUGACUGGCCUACUGGAGAGCAUCUAUGACACCUACUAUCAGAGGCUGUACAAGGAGGUUCAGGACUCUAUGGCGCGAGCAAAUGAUGCAGCAGCGGAAGCUGUGUCAGGCAUCAGGACCGUACGGAGCUUCAACACUGAACAGAGCGAGACCUGUCGCUACGAUGACCGCCUGAUGGACACUCAUAACCUCAAGACACGACGGGACACAGUAAGGGCAGUGUACCUGCUUGUGCGCCGGAUGGCAGAGCUGGGCAUGAAGGUGGCCAUGCUGUACUAUAGCAGGCUAUUUAUUCAGUCAGGAGAGAUGAGCACAGGGAAUCUGGUUUCCUUCAUCCUUUACCAGUCAGACCUGACUGAUAACAUCACGACACUGAUCUACAUCUUUGGGGACAUGUUGAACUCAGUGGGUGCGGCUGGAAAAGUGUUUGAGUACCUGGAUAGGAAGCCACUUGUGCGCAUAGAUGGAAAUCUCCAACCAGGCACUCUGAAAGGAUGCAUUAACUUUCACAAAAUCACCUUCUCCUACCCCACAAGGCCUGAUCUCAAAGCCCUGAAGAGUUUCUCUCUGGAGCUGAAGCCAGGUCAGAUGACUGCAUUGGUUGGCCCGUCUGGUGGGGGGAAAAGUACCUGUGUGAGUCUGCUGGAGAGGUUCUACCAAGCUCAGGAUGGACAGAUCCUACUGGACGGACAACCACUGGAGAACUACCAGCACAGUUACCUGCACAAAAAGGUUGCUAUGGUUGGCCAGGAACCUGUGCUCUUCUCUGGUACCGUGAAAGACAAUAUUACAUAUGGUCUGACUGACUGCUCACUUGAGAAGGUACAUGAGGCUGCCUGCAAAGCCAAUGCCCACGGCUUCAUCUGCCAGCUGGCGAAAGGAUAUGACACAGACGUUGGAGAGCGAGGUGGUCUGCUCUCAGGUGGUCAGAAACAGCGAAUUGCCAUUGCUAGAGCACUGAUUAGAGAUCCACAGGUUCUCAUUCUGGAUGAGGUGACCAGCUGUCUGGAUACAGAGAGUGAACACAUGGUCCAGCAGGCUCUAGCCAGCUGCCCAACCCAGACCCUGCUGGUGAUUGCUCACAGGUUAAAGACCAUUGAGAAGGCGGAUCAGAUUGUUUUUAUCAGUGAGGGGAUGGUGCAUGAGCAGGGUACUCACCAAGAGCUGAUGGACAAGAAAGGAACGUACUACAAAUGGAGAGAAGGGCUCUUCACCAAGGGAGACACAACAGAGAGGCAAUAACUGUUAUCAACUGCUGUCAUAGUGUCCAUCUGACCGU